UCCAGUUUGUCAGAAAAAGAAAGCAAGAUUCGUUUUUCGAACUUGUACAUGCGCGUUUGACUUUUUCUAUAUACCAUUAGGAAAGAAGUGGAAAAGUGUAUGAAGGAAUAGUUAUGAUAUAAAAGAAUGUUGUAAGAAUGGUGUCUAAGAUUUUACAAUAUUUAGAGGACAAAAAACAAAAAGCCAAACAUUUCUUUUGUGAAGGGAAAAAUUAAACACAAAGUGCAAUAGUGUUGUAUUCCAUUACGACUUUAAAGUCAAAACAUUUAAAUUAAUCUAGACAAUAGUGAUAUAUUUGAAUGUUAAAGGAUUUCGUUUUUUUUUUACUUGUGUUGGACAUUUAAAAAUAUCCGGAAAGAAAGUAUAAUUGCUAACUGCUCAAUUGAAUUUCGUUUUCACUGUGGCGAGAGAUUGUGUACGAUUAAGGAGAAACAGAACAAUUAGAUGUGUAACAUGAAAGAGCGAAAAGAUUCAGUGGAAAGUAACAAUAAUGAUAGCCAUAGCCAGCAACCUUCUUUUAAUUCUAGUAUAGUUCAUCCUAGACACAAACGAAACAGGAUGAAGAAACGUAUGUCAACAUUAUUACACACGCAUGUGGCGCUUAUCAUCCUAACUGCUUGUGCAACACUUGAUGCAUGUUGUGUUAUUGGUCAAAUUAUAUCUGAUAUUUUAAUUAUGAAAGAUGAAUUACAUGAAAAAGAAAUCCUAGAGGCUAAGUCUAAAGAAAUCAUUUUUAAGACGUUCCCAAAUACUCUUAAUCAAACAAUCCAUGGGAACUGGUCUCUGCCGAACAUGUUGAUGGAGAUACAGAAGGACUUCGGCCACACCCACCAUGACGGAAUAGAGCACAGUGCAAUCGACAGACUUGCCAAACUGGGAAAAAUCCCAUGGCCAGAUAUGUCCAAUGACACUGGAAGUGGCCUUGACCUUGAAUCAUUGUUAGGUCACAAUCACCACUUACAUGAUCAUGCACAUGAUCAUAGUGAUUUCCAUGUGCAUUCUAGGAAGAAACGCGGGGCAGGAGCCAACCAUAAGCACGACAUGUUCCAAACAGACUCAGCCAAGUAUAGACAUUAUAUGUUGCAUGAGCUGACACACGCGUUCCAUUUAGGCUCCAUGGUUAUACUUACAUUCCUGGUAUUGGUCACAUAUUUCAAAAUAUUCAUAAUGGGAAAGAAGUUCCUUCAUCACAAAAUAGAGGUUUUCGAUGCAUUUGUCAUCACCGUUUCAUGGGCUCUUGAUCUGGUGUUUUGGGAAGGUUUGUGGGCUCACCCUGAAGACGAGGCUGCCAAUAUUAUGAUCUUCAUUUUGCCCUGGAGAGUUAUAAGGAUAGUGAAUAGUUUUGUGUUGGUGAUACAGGGAAGAGAUUUACUGCAGCUGAAGAUUGUGAAGCAACAAUACAGAGGGUCAGUGAAAAGAGCCAAUGACCUGAAGAUGAAAGUUGAAUUAUACAGAGUUGAAGUAAAGAACUUACAGUCGUUGUGCAAAAGAAAAGGAGCCAAUGAAAAGGAGAUUCAAAGUUGUGCCGCAGCCGGUGCUGGUCGUAGACGACGUAGCAGCUUGUUACCAGUGCUAAACCGUCUGGCUUCACUUGGGUUAUCAGUAAACAGUCAGACAGACUUGACAAAGGCUACAUACGAACCUGAACCUCCGACUCCAGCAGAUUCAGACGAUGACCUUGACUCCGUUUAUGUUCCAUCGUUCAGCCGGAUGAGCAGCGUCAGUUUAGACGACUUCAAUCUUGGACGAACAGUAUCGAACAGCACCGCAUCAACACUUCCGCUAAGUCCGAAACAGAGCGUAAAUUCAAACUACAGCACGGGCGAAGAAAAUCCUGUAUUCGAAGAUGUAAUUAGUCAAAACCCAAAUGGCGACACUGAGGGUGUUGACACGAAACUUUGAACAUGUGUAUAAAUAGAUUCCCGGUUUUCCAAAUCUCGUCUUUUUGCUUUCUUCAACGAGAGUUGAGCUUUGCCGGUUGUGUUGUGGGGAAAAUGUUUUCGAUGUAAAGCUAUGCUUUGUGAAACACUGUCAGCAAUAAUAUUUAUUCAGUGCAUAUUAAUAUGAGAAACAGUUCACAUCGUAGCAAAUCGGAAUUUCACUGGUGGUUGUUUUUUUUGCAUACAGUGUGUUCUUUGUUGGCAUUAAGUACAUGUUUGUAAACUAAAAUACCCAGUGGGUAAUAUGUGUCAUAACAAAGUCACUGUUGAAAGAGCUUCUUGCAGUGUGUUGCACCGGCACCGGAUUGUGUUGAAGACAUAGGAAACAUAUAUUUUACCAGGGACUAUAAAUGGUAUAUAUGCAGUUAUCAGGUAUAUACACUGAGCUAAGCAACAUACCUUUGUUUUGUUGGAUAUUCACAAGUUAUGUGCUCUUUGUUAUAACUGACUAUGUUAGGUUUAGUAUUUUAAGCGUUUCUAUUUUUUUUUUUGGAAAUCGUUAAGUUUUGGACAUUUGUUACUUUAUUAGAUUAAUUUUACAUCUUAAACAAGUUCUGAUUUUAAAUGCAAGAAGGUUCUACCAUGUUUAAAGCCAUUUGCUUAUGAAAGUAGUUGCGUCAGCUCUAUGCAUUAUAUUCUACUUCUAUCAAAAAUCAAGCUGUGUGCUGAAUUUGACACAGUUUUGAAAAAAACGGUAUUUAUAUACUCAGUGAUUGAUAUUCUACAUAAGAACUGUGAUAUGACUUUAAUGUAUGUACCUGUGCUGUGUGGACUGAGAAUAUGAAUAGCAUAUAUCAUUGUGAUUGAAUAUCAAACAAAAUGUGAUUGAAUAUCAUAUAGCAUAUAAAUAUAUAUGAGAAUAUGAAAGAAUGUUUUCUGUGUAGUAUUUUGAAUGUGUAAGCUUUAAGAAAUAUUUUUGUUAACUGAUGAAAACAUUGAAAUAUCACAUUAUUAUUGAAAAUUAGCGUACACUUUAGAUUUCAAUACUAAAAGAAAUUCUGACAGAUCAUAAAAAACACAAUAAGCUUUGUUUUGGAGAUUUUAAGUUCAUCUAUUUUUUUAAACCAUUGUUAUAUGUCAGAACAGUGACAGAUCUAUGAAAUAAAAUCUAAAGGUAACAUAAUUGUUUGAAAAUGUUCUCUAAAUAAAAGAGAAUGUUAAACGUUUCAAUCAAUUCAUUUUAUUAUAUAAUUAGAUAAUUAUCAAAACUGGCAUCUAGCAUUUUGAUAGAAGUUGAUAGAAGAUAUCUCUAGCGUCCACUUUAUAACAAUGUUUACCGGUUUGUUUUUCAAAAAUAACGUUGCUCAGUUUUCGGUUAUUAGUAUACAUGUUACGCAUUAUGUGUUACUUUCUAUAUAUCCUGCUGAUUUGCUUGAUUUUUUCAUGUUUGUUAAUAGAUACUCAUGUAUGAGAACGUGUACAUGUUGUUUUUUAUUCAUGUUGCUUUUUAUCUAAGAAAACUUACAUCUCUUUUACUUGUUUAUUGCUGUUAAAAAAUAUAUAUACACUCUUUUUCACCUACCAUUUUCAUAUUCAUCUGCUCUGAAAGAUUUUAGUCAUGUUUGUUGUUUACAAAUGUCAUGCUUGUUGCAAUUCAUAAUUGUACGGAAUCAUUUUUUUCUUGUAUUUAUGACAUAGUAGUAUUUUAACCCUUACCCUGCUAAAUUUCUAAAAUGGACUGGUCCAUCAUUUAAUGUGGGCAGCACCAUUUAUUAUUCAAAGGGGCGUUCACUGAAAAUUUACUGACUGAAUAGCGAACAGUGCAGACCAUGAUCAGCCUGCACGGAUGUGCAGGCUGAUCUUGGUCUGCACUGGUCGCAAAGGCAAAAUUAUUUGCCGCCAGCAGGCUAAGGGUUAAUCUGCUCUAAAAUAAUGUUAUAUACAAUCACAAGCCAGAACGUAAAUUCUACGAAGACUAACCAAAGCGUUACUUUCUAAUUCAGUUAGUUUUAAACGGCGACCCGCUGAAAUCAAAUUCCGCAUUUCCAAAAACAAUUUCGGUUGACUAUGAUGAAAAGUGUCGGAAUGGUUGGUUUAUGGAUGUUUCCGCAUCAGUAAAUAAUAUCAUUUGCGGCAUGAAAAUUUAAAUGCCUUCUUACAGCAUCCAGAAAUUAUUCUCUUCGCAUACAAAGUCGAAUUUCACAAAUUAUGCACAUGGAGUUUAAAUGACUAAGGGAAGUAAUUAAUAGAGUAAACUCCCUUGGAUUAUACAAGCCCGGUUAAUGUAAAAUAGGUGUAAAUUUAAGAUGCAUGUGAUUUUUGUGUCAUAGAAAUGAAUAUUCAUCAUACCAUCUUGUGAGAGUGUUAUAAAAUAUUUGUCAGGUUAAUAUGGUUUAUUUCGUAUUAAUCAAAGUUGUAUUUAUUUUUUCUUUAAUAGAUAUGUUGGAUAAAUAAAAAAGAAUAAAUUUGAGAAAAUGUA